AUGUCUAUCCAACACACACCACAAUCACCUCGACAACAAGACGACCGUAUUUGCGACCAAUACCUUAAAUUAUGCGAAAAGUCGUCACUUUUGUUUUCACAACUGUACGAGACAUCAUUUUUGGGUGAAGGGUGGAGACCACUAUACCAACGCACGUUCACAACCUUCGCGAAAUUGUGGAAACUCCAACAAACGUACAGAAGCGCCCUUGAGAACGGGAAGGCGAAAUUCAAAAGAUAUGAUGUGGGGGAGAUAGCGGCAAAAAUAGCGCAAUUAUAUUACCACUACUAUCUCAGGACAUCAGAAACGCAAUUUUUGAUUGAAUCGUCGACUUACUAUCAGGAGAUCAAAAAGCACAAUUAUUACAAAGAGGACUCUCUUAUUCAAAGGUCUUUUGUUUUACAGAGGACUUUGAGGUUCCACGCACGUUUCUUGCUUGUCUGUCUGUUAACUGACAAAUUGAAACAAGGUGAGAACGUGUUGAGCGAUUUUGCACUGACUUCGGCGCAGCUUGCAACAGAAAAGUUGGUGCAACCGAAUUUCCAGUGCCACCAACUGCUUGCAGAGGAAAUGAAGUACAUAGUGUUGAAUAUUGUAAAUUUCAUUGUGACAAACAGAGAAGGGAGAAUGUCGUAUUCUGCGCUCUCUCGAAUCAACCCACAAAUUGUCUUCAGCACAAAACCAAAAACAACACAACCACAUGGAUUAACAAUGUAUUCCGCGGUGCUUCUCGACAACAAACCAAAUAGUUUCUCGUUCAGCGAACUGUCCAUUUCGCUUUUGAGAAUGAUGCAUACCCUCGAGUUCAAUUACCAGUUGACACCAAGAGAACAAAUGAACGAAUGGAAAAACCCAAGAAAGCAUUUGCUGAGGAAUGUGAGUAUCCCUAAAAUAUUGAACUACAUUGCUUCAACGAUAUGUGAUAUGCCAAACAACACGUUCAUGUUGUUGUACUUGUCAUCGACGGUACAAGAAGAUGUUGUCCAAGGAUAUUCAAGUCAAAACGGACUCUUCAUGGCAUCGUAUGGUAAUCAACAACACGUCUUACACCCGGAGGACUUAAUGCCGUUUUUGAGAAAACCAAUUUUGUUGAUCAUCGAUUCGGAUGUUCAGAACUCUUUCAUUCAACUGACUCAAAAAAGCUUCGAUGUGCCUUAUUUGAGUUUAUUUGCACCAAUAGGAUCAUGGCAAUUACAUACAUGCCCGUUGCCAAGUGAUUCUGUCUUCACAAAGACACAAAGCAAAUACGUCCAGGUGUUUGCGAAUAAGAAGGACUCAAUUUUCAACAUGUUCUUGAAUGAUUCAUUGGGUGCGUUGUGUAGAAUGACUGGUGUUGAUCAAAUGACAAGUGACACACGAGAUGAGUGUAACAACAAACUUAAGAUGUUCUUUGAGAAAUUGGCAGAAGAGUUCUUCAGCUGCCAGAAAAUGCCACAAACGAUUUUGAUGUUUAUGAACGACCCCUUUGCACGCGUCAUUUUGUUCAGGUUUGUCUUCUGCAGACUUGUCUUGUUCAGCCUGAAGUUGCCAGCUGACGCGGGCAGCACUAAUGCUUUGUUGCCGUCGAGCAACCCACAAAUACCUGCGGAGUUUUAUGAGUGCGAAGCGUGUAAAAGUAUUGUCAAAGAGAUGUCCAACGUUCUCUCCAUUUCGCAAUGGUUCGACUUUGACGAUGCAUGA